GCAGCGGUGCGCGGCCAGGAAGCGUCGCCGAGGGGCUGCAGCGCCGCCAGCACGGGACACGGAGCGCCCGGCGACCCGCAGCCGACGGCGUGCCCCUGCGCUCCCCUCACCCCGGUCAGCGCCCCGCCGGCCGCCCCCGCUCCGUCUCCGCGCGUCCCGGGGUUCCCGAUGGCCCCCGAGGCCAGGGCGUCCCCGAGCCCGCUGCUGCCCUGGGCGGCGCUGCUGCUCUGGGCGGCGCUGCUCCCUGUGGCUUCCUUGGCGGGGCCCCCAGUUGACCACCCACUGAAGCCAAGGCAUGUGAAACUGCUGUCCGCUAAAACGGGCCUGAAGGUCAUGUGGGACCCACCCAAAGAUGCUACCAGUAGACCCGUGGAGCAUUACAACAUUGCCUAUGGGAAGUCACUGAAAAGUCUUAAGUACAUCAAGGUGAAUGCGGAGACAUACUCCCUCCUUAUUGAGGAUGUGGAGCCGGGGGUGGUGUACUUUGUGCUGGUUACGGCAGAGAACCACAGCGGAGUGAGCCGCCCGGUGUACAGAGCCGAGAGCCCGCCUGGAGGUGAAUGGAUCAAGAUUGAUGGUUUUGCCAUUAAGGGUCCAGGACCAUUUAAUGAGACCACUACAGAAAAGGAAGUGCCCAACAAGCCCUUGAGGAUGCGCGUCCGAGCCUCAGAUGACAGACUGUCCGUUGCAUGGAAGGCACCACGCCUAUCUGGGGCCAAGAGUCCUCGCAGAUCUCGGGGUUUUCUCCUGGGCUAUGGGGAAAGUGGCCGGAAGAUGAAUUAUGUCCCUCUGACCAGAGAUGAGAGAUCGCAUGAAAUUAAAAAGCUCGCCUCUGAGUCGGUGUAUGUGGUCUCCCUACAGUCCACGAACUCGCAAGGGCAGAGUCAGCCCGUGUAUAGGGCUGCCCUCACAAAGCGCAAGAAUGCAGAAGCAGAUGAACUGGAUGUACCCGAAGACAUCAGUGUCCGGGUUAUGUCACCUCAGUCCGUACUUGUGACCUGGGUAGAUCCUCUUGUGGAAAAACAGAAGAGAGUUGUUGCAUCAAGACAGUACACUGUGCGCUACCGCGAGAAGGGAGAGUCGGCCAGGUGGGAUUACAAACAAGUCUCCAACAGGCGUGCGCUGGUGGACAGCCUGAUCCCAGACACAGUGUAUGAAUUCGCAGUCCGGAUUUCACAAGGGGAACGAGAUGGCAAGUGGAGCGCAUCCAUCUUCCAGAGGACACCGGAGUCUGCUCCCACCACAGCGCCUGAGAACCUGAAUGUGUGGCCAGUCAGCGGCAAGCCCACCACUGUAACCGUAUCCUGGGAUGCACUGCCAGAGACUGAGGGGAAGGUUAAAGAAUACAUUCUUUCAUACGCCCCGGCUCUCAAACCAUUCGGAGCAAAGUCCCUCACCUUCUCUGGACACACUACUUCUGCCCUGGUGGAUGGUCUGCAGCCUGGGGAACGCUAUCUGUUCAAAAUCCGGGCCACAAACAGGAGAGGCCCGGGGCCACACUCCAAAGCCUUCAUUGUCGCUAUACCAACAACCAGUUCCACUGAGGCCAGUGCCCAGCCAAAUGGGAGGGACAGCUGGAAACAUGAGAAACCUCAGCCUUCCUCCCCCACGCCCAAAGCUGCAGCUUCCUCCGACCGCUCGACCCCAGCCAAAAACGUCAAGGAUGCUCUCCCUGACUCAAAGAACAAGAUCCUGGCUAACGGUGGUGCGGUGCCCAGGAAAACCCAGCUUCACCCUAAAACGGGAGAGCUGGAUCCCCAGUCCACAGAAGUCACUGGCGAGGAGGAACUGGAUUCCCUUGAAGAUCCUCGUUCAUCAAGGUUGGCGACCCUAGACCAGAGGCGACCCCUGAGGGUACCAAGUAGAUCUGGUCAUUGGGUUCCUGCUCCUGGCAGGAUUCCAGCAAGGCCUGGCCUGCCAGUACUGCCCCGAAAAGAAGGGCUGGACAAGCGUGGUCCCUCACUGGCCCCCAACCCUCGUCUAGGGGUUGACUCAUCAGUGGCAGCUACUUCUGGGUACCACCGGCUCAGCCCUACAGACAAUGAUUCUAUGGACCAGGAUGAGGAUGAGCAAGCAGCCUCCCCUGACCCCAAAGCAGCAUCUUCUCAGUCACCUCCCAAGAAUCCAAUCCGGUCCGAGCUAACCCCAGCUGCUGGCCGCCUUGCGGCUUCUACUGUGCUCAGGGACAAAAGCCGCUCAGCGAGUCAUUCCCAUUCUUCCACCAGUGAGGAAAAUUCCAGCGCUGCAGCCCAACCCUCAAGACAUUUCCCACUGCACAGAGGGUCCUCUCGACCGCUGCCCUCCCACCCACACUCCAGAUCCCCGCUUUCUAAGGGGUGGAGGGACCGCCAGGAUACCCAUGCCUCUAGCUCCCACAUACCUACCCGGGCUGCCGGCUCUUCUCACCCCUCUUCCCUGACAGUUGGCUCUGAGGAAGAUGACGUUUCUGGUGGGGUGGGAGAUAGUGACAGAGGUGCAGAAGACACCAGAAAGAGGGCUGAGGCCACUGCUCAGACCCAACAGACCCGGCCUGCCUUGGGUCACUUCAGUUUGAUACGGAAUAAGCCCUUUGCUGGCCACAGCAGAAAUCCGAACAGAUUCCCCAGACUACGGGGACUAAGGCUGCAGCCCUCUGGGGCUCCUCCGUCUACCUCAGCUUCAAAAGUCCUUACCAGGGCACCUGCGCAGCCAGCAUCCCACAGUAGGCCUAGCCCUAAUGUCUACGGAGAUGGCGAGGAUGAAGAGCCACUGCCAGCCACCGUGGUCAGCGAUCGUACUACACCUUCCUUCUCCAGGCAGCCCGUGUCUGGAGGCUGGGACACCCUAAGAAGAGGCUCCCAAAGAGGGUCCAGCGUGUACCAGAAGGAGCCUGUCCUAGAAAACUCCAAAACCGCUGGAGCAGAUGUACAUUCUGGGGGCAAAUCCCCUCUGCCCUCCAAGGCACAGGACUUUGAACAGAGCACCGAGGAUGCUCCUCAAACAUCCCCAGGGGCCACCAGCCGCCAGCCGUCCCCUGCUCGGCCUCCAGCAUCGAGAUCCCAGCCCUCCCCUGGGUCCACCGCUCCCAGAAGAACGACACCUGGUCGCCAUUCAGAGCUCUCUAGUUCUCAGAGCCACGGUGACGAUCGGUCGCUUUCCCAGCCCAAGCUGUCUGUUGCUCAGGAAGGGCGUGAGCGCCUUCGCACAGUGAACUCCCAUCAGGCGCUGCCCUUAGCCUCCCAGGGUCAGGAUGAGGAUUCCCAGAGCAGCUAUGAGGACAACAGCACUGAAAUCGAGGGCCCAGAUUCCCGGGCUCCCACUCACUCCGCCCGCGCCAAGGAUGCUACCCCAUCCGUUUUCAAACCUCGCCAGGCGAGCUCCCAGUCAGGGAACAGCGACAGCAGACCUCAGCCCAACCACGCAGGAGCCUCUGUGAGACCCAGCCGGCCUGGCAGCGCCCAGCCCCGGGCUCAGGGUCCUGGCAGGGCCGGGCUCCAGGCCACACCAGGGAAGAAGAUCUCACCUUCCAAGCGUCCCCUGCCACUGGAAUCUCAGCAGUCAGUCUUCACUGAGGAGGAGGAGGAGGAAAAUGAAGGAAAUUUAAAAGACAAGGAAAACUCUCUGUCUACCUCAGUUUCCAAGUGGCCUUCUUCCUCCUCCCCCAGGGACAACAAGUAUGCCAACAGGAACCUGGACAAAGACAAGGCCGCCACUGGGCUGGCUCCCCAGGGAGGGAGCCUUGUGCAGGAAGAGAGCACCAUCCCUGGGAGGCGACCACCACCGGGUAGUCCUCCAAUAGCCUCGCACCCCUCUACCCGGUACCAGCCUCGAAACCCUGCCACUGCAAGCCCAACCGCAAGCACCCACUCUUGGCCGAGGUACACCACCCGGGCCCCUCCCAGCUACUCGUCCACGACACCCAUGCUCUCCUUGCGCCAGCGGAUGCAGCGCAGAUUCCGGACCCCAGUCUCGCGCCAGCCCCCGAGACCCGUGCUUACAUCAGGUUAUAAUGGAAGACCAAAUGCAGAAGAGAACAUACCUCCUGGUAGUAUUGGAAAACCAAAUGGACAAAGAAUUAUCAAUGGUCCUCAAGGAACAAAGUGGGUUGUGGACCUGGACCGUGGGCUGGUGUUGAAUGCAGAAGGGAGAUACCUCCAAGACUCACACGGCAAUCCUCUCCGGGUGAGACUCGGGGGCGAUGGUCGCACCAUCGUGGAUCUGGGAGGAACCCCUAUGGUGAGUCCCGAUGGACUCCCCCUCUUUGGGCAGGGGAGACAUGGCAAACCUCUGGCCAGUGCUCAGGAUAAACCCAUCUUAAGUCUCGGAGGGAAGCCCUUAGUGGGCUUGGAAGUCAUCAAAACGACCACCCGUCCUCCUACCACAACCAUGCCACCAACCACAACGACCACCACUGUGCCUACGACCACAACCCUUCAGCCCACAACCACCACCACCCGCCGGACCACCACCCGCCGCACAACCACUACCAGGCGUCCCACAACUACGGUCCGAGCUACUCGGAGGACAACGACCACUACCACCACUCCAGAGCCUACCACCCCUUCACCUACCUGUCCCCCCGGGACCCUGGAAAAACAGGAUGAAGCCGGCAACCUUAUAAUGGCCUCAAAUGGGAUCCCAGAGUGCUACCCCGAGGAAGAUGAUUUCUCCGGCCUGGAGACUGACACGGCUCUACCCAUGGAAGAGGACUAUGUUGUAUAUGAUGAUGAUUAUGGACUUGUGACCACGAUGCCACCGGCCAGCACCAUGCCCUCAACCACUGCUGCCACGCCCAAUAUCAUCCCAGAGCAAGGCACUGUCAGCUCCUUCCCAGAGGAAGAAUUUGAUCUGGCUGGAAAGAGACGAUUUGUCGCUCCUUACGUGACAUACCUCAGUAAAGACCCGUCGGCCCCGUGCUCCCUGACUGAUGCUCUGGAUCAUUUCCAAGUGGAAAGCCUGGAUGAACUCAUUCCAAACGACCUGACGAAGAAUGACCUUCCUCCCCAGCAUGCUCCCCGCAACAUCACCGUGGUCGCCAUGGAAGGCUGCCACUCAUUCGUCAUUGUGGACUGGAACAAAGCUGUCCCUGGAGAUGUGGUAACAGGCUACUUGGUCUACAGUGCCUCUUACGAGGACUUCAUCAGGAAUAAAUGGUCAACUCAGACGUCAUCAGUGACCCAUUUGCCCAUUGAGAACCUGAAGCCAAACACAAGAUAUUACUUCAAAGUUCAAGCUAAAAAUCCUCAUGGAUAUGGGCCUGUCAGCCCUUCUGUCUCAUUUGUUACAGAAUCAGACAAUCCUCUGCUCGUUGUGAGAGCCCCAGGUGGCGAGCCCAUCUGGAUCCCGUUUGCUUUCAAGCAUGACCCUGGCUACACCGACUGCCACGGUCGGCAGUAUGUGAAACGGACAUGGUACAAGAAGUUUGUGGGGGUCGUUCUUUGUAAUUCACUAAGGUAUAAGAUCUACCUCAGCGACAACCUCAAAGACACGUUCUAUAGCAUUGGAGACAGCUGGGGAAGAGGUGAAGACCAUUGCCAGUUUGUGGAUUCACACCUGGAUGGAAGAACAGGGCCUCAGUCUUAUAUAGAAGCCCUCCCUACCAUUCAAGGCUACUAUCGUCAGUACCGCCAGGAGCCUGUCAGCUUUGGCCACAUUGGUUUUGGAACCCCUUACUACUACGUGGGCUGGUACGAGUGUGGAGUCUCCAUCCCAGGAAAGUGGUGACCAGAGGAUCGGCCUGCCACAAGUUCGCCCUCCCAGCCCAUUUGAUUAACUUGCACUAGGAACUGUGGGUAAAAGAAAGAUGGCGUUCCAAGCCUGCUGCCCCGGCCUAUCAGGAGGCCACAGGGUGGACACAGGGCAUUUAGUCCUCUUCCGUCGGAAUUUGGCCACAUUUCUUGGUCUGGACUAUAAAUACAAUCCAGUUUUGCUGAAACUUCACUUCUCUGUGCUUCGUUUGUUUAUUUGUAAUCACACAUUCCAGAGCCGUCAACCCUGCAGCGGAUCCAGUGUGAUUUCCAGACUCUUCCUCAGACACUCCGGGAUCUCCAGGGAACAGCGCUGGCAUGCUGUGUUUGCCUCACAGAACGCUUUCUGCUUUUCUCACCUUCAAAUCAGCUGUGUUUAAGCCUCACACCUCUUUGUAUGAAGUAGAAUUGAAUUACCAAAGGAAGCACAUAUCCUCUUUGAGAUUUAUCCUAAAGACUUAUCAGCCCCUGGGUUAAGUGCUCCAAAUUUUAUUUGUAAAUUCUCAAUUUUGAUAUAUAUAUAUGUGUGUGUGUAUAUAUGCAUAUACAUAUUUACACUCAUCAAGAAUACUGAUUAAACUUGCUACAUGUA